AUGUCUGGCCGACGUCGAAGUAGUCGAACCCAUAGGCGUUUCAAGCUAUCCGGCGAUAGAACCCGUCCUGGUUCCAGUCCGUCGAGUUCGGGAUCUCUACCUCGUGGUGCGAGAAGGGGUGGUACUGGAUCCCCAUGGCGUAGGCCAGCCCAUCAAUGGUCAGCUGGCGUGCCUGCCACCCAGCCGGAAGGUGACUGCGAGGGAGUCACGGGCCGCCUUGGGGCGGUAGCGGUAGGUGGUGUAGAACUCCCACACCAACUCUGUGUAAGUGGACUCCUUGAUGGUCAGCAGUGUCUGCCAAUCCCGGUGGCUGAUGGUGGUGGAGAUCUCGUUCAAGCAGUGCAGCUGCUCGAAGACUCCCCACUCCAGAUGGUGGUGGCACUGGAGUACUCCGCGAGUGACCUUGCGGAACUGGUCGGCGUAAUCCGGGUGCAGGCGCAGGUCCUACACGAAUAG